AUGAAUUGCUUAAAAAAUGGUGAAUCAUGUACUUCAUCAACAAUCAGAAUUCUAAUUUCUACCGACAAUCAUGUUGGUUUUCUUGAAAAAGACCCCAUUCGAGGCAACGAUUCGUAUAUUGCUUUUGAAGAAGUAAUGACACAGGCGCGGUUAAAUGAUGUAGAUAUGGUUAUUUUAUGUGGAGAUCUUUUUCAUGAAAAUAAACCGUCUCGUAAAGCUAUGUAUCAAGUGAUGCGAACGUUACGUUUAAAUUGUUUUGGAGAAAAGCCAUUUGAGUUAGAAAUUCUUAGUGAUCAGUCUUUAAUGUCUAAAGAUGUGUUAUUUUGUCAUGUAAAUGUGGAAGAUCCAGAGAUAAAUGUAGCAAUUCCAGUUUUUUCAAUUCAUGGUAAUCAUGAUGAUCCUUCUGGUGAAGAUCGACUUUGUGCUCUGGAUAUUUUACAAAUUUCAGGAUUAAUCAAUUAUUUUGGUCGAGUUCCUGAAAAUGACAAUAUUAUACUUCGACCUAUUCUUUUAAGAAAAGGAAAUACGAAAUUAGCAUUAUAUGGAUUAUCUAAUGUAAGAGAUGAACGACUUUAUCGUUCAUUUAAACAAGGGAACGUUCGGUUCAUGAGACCAGAUGUUGAGCAGAAUACAUGGUUUAAUUUGAUUGCGGUUCAUCAAAAUCACACAUCACAUACAGAAACGGGCUAUUUACCAGAAAAUUUUAUUCCUGAUUUUUUUGAUUUGGUAUUAUGGGGACAUGAACAUGAAUGCGCAAUUGAUCCAAUAUAUAAUCCUCAGCAAAAUUUUUAUGUGAUUCAGCCAGGAUCAUCAAUAGCUACCAGUCUUUGUUAUGGAGAGGCCGUUUCAAAACAUAUUGCGAUUCUUUCGGUCACUGAACGGUCAUUUACUUUAGAAAAGAUAAGACUUAAAAGUGUUCGACCAUUCGUUAUGAAAGACAUAAGUUUAUGUGAAAAUAAAGUUAUUCAGCCUAAUAUAAAUAAUAAAAGCAUGGUUACCACGUUUCUAAUGGAAAAAAUUCAAGAAGCAAUCGAAGAAGCGUUAAAUGAAUGGAAAUCAUUUCAAGAACCAUAUGAUAUUAAAGAACCACCGUUACCUUUAAUACGUUUAAAGGUAGAAUAUUCUUUGGAAUAUCAGGUAGAAAAUCCUCAAAGAUUUUCGAAUCGGUUUGUUGGGAAAGUUGCAAAUCCUAAUGAUGUUAUUAAAUUUUAUAUGAAGAAAAAUACACGAAAUAAAGGGAACAGAAUACUGCAUUCUGAUGUAGAAAUGUCAAAUGUAAAAUUAGAAAACAUAAAAGUUGAAGAUUUAGUGAAAGAGUUUCUUAAUGUUCAAAGUUUGAUUUGUUUACCAGAACAUGAACUUGGAGAGGCUGUUACAAGAUUUAUCGAAAAGGAUGACCGAGAAGCACUUAAAUGUUUUGUUACUACACAUCUUGACAGUCAGGUUAAACUUUUGACUAAAAAUCAAGUUACAGAAGAGAAUUUAGAAGCAGAAUUAAUAAAACAAAAACAAUUGUAUGAGGAAAGAGCCAGAUUGCAACACAAAGAAGACGAAAAUAAAAAUAAAAUAACUAAUAGUUUUGAAAGUUUAAAUAAUAAAUCAUUUUUAGGAAACGAUUGCCAUGAAAAUAUAAAUAUUGAACAAGAUUCGGUUUUUGAAUCUAAUAAUUUAUAUAAAAAUAUAUCUGGAAUAGUUAAAGAAAAUGAUUUUAUAGAUGAUAAAAAUUCUGCUUCGGGGUAUGAUGAUAUAAUCGUUCCAAAUGUACAAAAUAUUCAAUUAAAAGUAUAUAAUAUUGAUAAAAAUUAUUCUACUCGAAAUUUGAAUCAUGGAAAAUGGAAACCUCAGAGCGCUAUAUAUAUAGAAGAUGAUAUUGAUGAUUCUUCAGAUGAUGAAUUUGUUCCAAGAUUUGGUUUUAAAAAACCAAGAUUGAUACAAAAAUAA